UGCCCCUCUGGGCUUUCAACGUGACCGCUCUCUACCCCACCCUGUGAAAAUGUUGGUGCUUCUCGCCUUCAUCAUCGUCUUCCACAUCACCUCCGCAGCGUUGCUGUUCAUUGCCACCAUCGACAACGCCUGGUGGGUUGGAGAAGAGUUUUUUGCAGAUGUCUGGAGAGUAUGCAUCAACAACACGAACUGUACGGAAAUCAAUGACACCUUUGAAGAGUACUCCACACUGCAGGCCGUCCAGGCCACCAUGAUCCUGUCCACCAUUCUCUGCUGCAUCGCCUUCCUGAUCUUCGUGCUCCAGCUCUUCCGCCUCAAGCAGGGAGAGAGGUUCGUUUUGACCUCCAUCAUCCAGCUCAUGUCGUGUCUGUGCGUCAUGAUUGCGGCUUCCAUUUACACAGACCGGCGCGGAGACCUUCACCGCAACAACAAGGAGUGGUACUCCCUGACCUCGGAGGGCAGAUACGGCUACUCCUUCAUCCUGGCCUGGGUGGCCUUUGCUUUCACCUUCAUCAGCGGCAUUAUGUACCUGAUACUGAGGAAGCGCAAAUAGAGUUCGAGCAGCUGGUCGCUUACACUGCAGUACAGAAUCCACAUUCACAUAACCGUUUUGUAUAUAAUCGUUUUUUUUUUUUUGUGGUUUUUCUAGCAAACAUAUUGUUUCCUUUAAAAGCCAAAAAGAAAAAGAAAAAAAAAAAAAGAGAGAGAAGAGUUUUUGCAUUCUUGAGAGGAGAGAAUAGACUAUGAAGGCUGGUAUUCAGAGCUCCUGCCCACCCGAAAGUCUCAACAAGACGAAAACAAAAAUCCAGCAGUGCUGAAAUCCAAAAACGCUCAGCAGGAUGUUUCUUAACCAUGGGGCUGUAAUGGGAUGAGACAGGACUGAGAAAGCCAGGUCUCGGGGGACAUGCUUCCUGUAAGUUUUGGCAGGGACAAGCCCUCCUCCCCUCAGCUUUCCUUCCUGAAUCUCUGUUAGUGGUGGAAGGUGGGCUGAGGAGGGCCCAGGUGAGGGAUAUUUAGCCCAAGGUCCAUAUGGGAAACAGGUAUAGCCCCUGGCACUCUGUCUACAUCCAAACCAGAUCCCUAACUCUCCUGUAAUAGGCUGGGUUGAAAAAGUCCCACCCAAAUUUGCAGACAGUGUCUCCUGCUCAUCUUAGGAAUGGUGAUCCUUAAUCUGGGUGUCUGAUUUAGGCUCAUCCUAAGGCAAUCAAAAGGUGAUUCCUAAGAACAUUCUUUAAAAUGUAGACUAUUGGGCCCCACCCCAGACCUACAGAAUCAGAGUCUUCAAGGGAUGGGGCCUGGGAAUAUGCAUUUCUAAAUCAAGUGAUGCUUGGACGCAUUAAAGUUGGGGACCACAGUCCCCAGGCCAGGUGAGCAGAGCUGCCUCAUAAAUGCUAGAGAUCUCAUCAUGUUGAGAUGGGGAGGUAGGUUUAGCCCCCACUGCAGGCCAAAACCAUGGCCUGCAUCAGCUCUUGAUUCUCACUGUCUCUUCCUCAGCUGUUUACAUCUGGGUCACCCAAACUCUAGUCCCAGGCCAUGUGUCCCAAUAGCCAGACCCCUUUCCCACCCUAUCUUGGAAAACCUCUCUCUUCUCUUGCUGCCUUGCAUUCUAAGGCUGGCUGGCCUCCACCAGCUCCUAUUUCUAGGGUCUCAGAGGACUCAUCCACCAUUCAUUCAUUUAUUCAUUCAUUCAUUGACAUAAAUUAUGGGGUGCUUGCCAUGUGCCAGGAAUAAGGGACACCCUCUGUCCUUGUGGGGCUCAUAGUCUAAUGUAGGAGACUGAUUAAAAACCAGUUGGGAAAAUUAAUUACAAAUGGUGAUGGAGGCUGCAAAGAAGACUGCCAAGGAUUUUAAAUAGAGGCCCUCGGGUGGGCACCUGCUUUAUGUGCGCCUGUCUUAAAACGCUCCUGGAGGCAUUUAGAUCAGCCUAAAUAUAGAUCCAUUCUGCUCCGGUAGAUGGAGCUGGGUACUUACUGGGCAGUGCCCAUCUGUGUUGUGCCCAGAGGACACGUCCCUGGAGGGUCCCACUGUCCUGACAGUGAAGGGAGCAGUGAGGGGGUCCCAAAGAGCCAUGGUGCAAGCCUUGGUGGGUUCCACUGCCACUCGGGAGAAUCUGACGCGGCAGGGUCUGGGCAAACGAGCACUCCAGGUAGUUCCAAGACUAUUCUGAGAAAUAGGGCUUAUCGUGAGCUGUGUGGCAAUGCCGGCCACCCCGGGAAAUGCCCCAGGAUAGAAGCUCUUUGCACCUCAGUGUCUUUUUUCACUUGUGAUUUGAACAUGGUUCUGGGGAGUUGUGCCUGGGACAGGGUGUGGGAACCUGUGCUAUUUAAAUACUUUUGCACUUGACCUUCUGCUAAGAGGAAUGAUGAUUUGCCAUCAGCUCAGUUCCACUGAGCUGGGAAAAGUCUUGUAUGCGUAGUUUUAGUGCCACCAUGGAUACCUCUUCAGUGCAGGAUUGGGUCUCUCCGUCUACUCAUUCAUUCAUUCAUUUUCAACAAAUGGUAUUAAACGUUUACUAUUCCAAGCACUGUGUGAGGCUCUGAAAACACAGGGGUGAGCAAAUCCAGACAUCCUCCCUGCCCUCAUGGGGUUUGCACUCCCUAAGAUGGGACCUCCUCCCCAUGGAGAGGCCACCAGCCCAGUGCAGGGUGAUAUGGGGCCAGAGACAGGACAAAUGGUCACUUCCUGCCUUGAGGGAAAACUGCCAUUAGGCAUUGUCGUGGGUAGGGUGUGUGUCACAGCUCUGGAGUUUGCAGGAUGCUAUAUAAGCCUCAUGGAGGAAGCUGGGUCUAAAGUGUCCUUUAAACUUUCUACCCAGGUGGUUUUUUUAUAAUUUUCUGGUAGUCACAGUGGAAGCAAACAAACAAAAAAAAACACCUUAGACGCGGAGAUCUGGAAAGUCUAAUUCCGAAGCAGUGCAUGAAUUCCCUUCACAAAAAAUUUCAGGGCUACAUGAGUAUGUGUGUUGAAUGCAAUCUGAAAUGACCCUGUGGAUUUUCCUGGCUGGUUGCCACUACCGUACACCAUUCAGUGCCCACAUCCAUCUGUGACACCAAGAUGUUUUGAGACAUGAGAGAUGCCUCUUCCCUGCUGUGUGACAUGCAUUUGGGAAGUUGGAAAGAAAAGAUGGUGUCGGGGAGAAAACAUCUAACCUUCUUACCUGUAGGCAGAAUCAGCCCUCCCUUGGUGCUUGUUAUCAGUUAUUCAAGAACAAUGACCGCAACAAAAUUAGCUAAGACAUCCAAGAAGUAACUAUAAGGACCAAAUAUAUUACCAGGUAACAACUGCAUUUGAAGGAACUGUAGUCUGCACAUCUUACGACAUUUUUAUAAAGUACUGUGAUUCUUUCCUUGAGGCGCUAUGUGAUGAACACAGACUAACUCAUUUUGUUAUUUGCAUUAAAAUUAUUUUGGGUCUCUGUUCAAGUGACUUUGGGGAAUGCUUGACUUGUUGCUCUGCGUGAAUGUGUCUACACACACCUGAAUGCAGGUGAAUCAGAGACCGCCCCCACACCCACACUCUCUGCUGCAGGUUGCGUACCUGUGGGCACAUCCCUAGUGAACAGGCUCAAGUCCUAGGAUGCUCUGUGUUAACUGAUAAUGAAGAAACCUAGCACCCCACGCCCAUAUGUAAACACACUAAACACAGUAGCCCAGGUAGAAGCUGUACCAUAGUUUAAAAUCUGUCUGGGCGGGGAAUUACUAAACUCGCUAUUAGUUUAAAGGUUACUUACAGUACAGCAGGUUGGACAAUUUUGUGGUGAUGGGGAAAUGUUGGGGAAAGGCCUAGCAGUUACAUUUGAAUCUUGUUUUGGGAACAAUGUGAUUUUAGGGUAGUUAGACACUUUCUACUUAAUGUACCUUUAAAAUAGUCCGUUUUCUAUGUUUUGUAUAAUCUGAAACUGUACAUGAAAAAUAAAGUUUAAAACCAAAUUGUCCAGAGCAACAGAC